CAUCGAUGAGUCUGAACCAUCUCUAUUGUGCUACCUGGCAACGCUGUGAGCAAGGAAAAUACGGCAGCGUGCUCCCCGUUUUCCACCCACGUUUUGUUAUAAUUUUAUAAGUAUUACGGUCUGAGACCGAUUUAGCACUGCAUCGGCAGCGCUACAAGUACUGGGCUAUUGGAAAUUGGAGGUGCGAAAAGAGGAUAAGGCGGAUUUUCUUGCAACUGCGAUUGCGGCUGUGUGCGUGAGCAUUGGAAUUCGACCGUGUGUGUGGCGAGAGUGCGUCCGUGUGUGUGUGACGGACCAAAAAAGCCGACAUCAGCGCCCAUUUUUUGUUGUUGAUUCAUUAAUACGCCCGUCAUGCACCAGUAUUGGUGAGUUGGAGCAGCGCACCGUCUUACUCGCACUCAGCGGAGCGCAGAAAGAGCGCAGGGAGCGGCAGAAGAAGAAGCAGCAAGCAGCAGCACCAUUAGCGGCAGUCAACGUCAUAUAAUUUGUCAUCGAAAUAGGCACACUAAAAUAACAGUUAACUUCAGCCGCCAUGAUCCUGCUGGAAAUCAAUAAUCGGAUUAUCGAGGAGACGCUGCUGGUCAAAUACCGUAAUGCCCAGGCUGGACUGAAGCCUGAAUCGAUAGACAUACGAAUAGCAGACUUCGACGGCGUGCUUUAUCACAUUUCUAAUGUGAAUGGCGAUAAAACAAAAGUUCGGAUCAGCAUAUCGUUGAAGUUCUACAAACAGCUGCAAGAACAUGGAGCCGACGAGUUGCUGAAGCGUGAAUAUGGCAGUCUGCUUACAGACACAGAAGAAGGCUACAAUGUUUCCGUACUUAUCAACCUGGAGGAGAUUCCCGAGGACUGCGAGCAAAUCGCAAAGAGAAUCGGACUGCUGAAGCGCAACUGUUUCGCAUCCGUUUUUGAAAAGUAUUUCGACUAUCAGGAGCAGGGCGAAGAGGGCCAAAAGCGUGCCGUAAUUAACUACCGCAACGAUGAGACUUUAUAUGUGGAAGCCAAGCCUGAUCGUGUCACCGUCGUCUUCAGUACCAUUUUCCGGGACGAGGACGAUGUCAUUAUCGGCAAAGUAUUUAUGCAGGAAUUGAGGGAAGGUCGGCGUGCCUCGCACACCGCGCCACAAGUGCUCUUUUCGCACCGAGAACCGCCAUUGGAAUUGGCCAACACGGACGCCAGGGUGGGCGACAACAUCGGCUAUGUCACGUUCGUACUCUUCCCUCGACAUACCAACAAGGAAACAAGGGACAAUACCAUUAACUUAAUUCACAUGUUCCGAGAUUACUUGCACUACCACAUUAAGUGUUCAAAGGCUUACAUUCAUUCGCGCAUGCGGGCAAAAACAUCGGAUUUCCUCAAGGUGCUAAAUCGUGCAAGGCCCGAGCCCAAAAACACGGAGAAGAAAACUAUAACGGGGAGAACUUUCAAGCGCAUCGAUUGAUGUGUUCAGUAUAUUUAGUUGUUUUUAUAUGAAUACAAAAAAUAAAUUGUGUAUUAAAAUUCGA